UAUUCCAGUGAAAGGAGGCAACACAGUGUGGUAGAGCAGAAGAAGCAGACAGAUCCAGGUUUGAGUGGGCUUUUCUGACCUCAGACAAGUUCUUUCGUUUCCCCUAACAAUAUAUGAAGUUAACACCAUCUGUGUCAAGAUGGGUUUGUAGGUUAAUCAAAUGUAUAUGAAGUGCCCAACACAGGUGUCAUUGUUCCCUUUCUCCAUGGGAGUGUGUUCUGAAGGAAUAUUUUCUUGCAGUUGUAACUGUCAGUUUCAAAAGGGAUGCCAUGUCUCCUGCUAGAAUACACCCAUGUCCUUGUGAAUGAAUGAGUGCCUAAAGAAGAGUCACCUUUGAUCUAACGAAGUCUGGACUGUUGGAACUCCCCUCCUAAGGAUCUGGGAACAUGGUGACUGUGAUGGCCCUUGGUCUAGUGAAGCAGAGACAUGGGCAGCCAGCUGGAUUGAUCAUAACAGGGAAGCUGGAGAGGCAGGGGAAAGGAGGAAAAUACAAGUAUGGAACCCCAUUUCUGAAUGCAGCGCCUUAGACCGCACGGCCAUCCUGACUUCCAUGGAACCCCAUUUCUUUGACAUCACCCAUCUUCCAGUGAAAUGACAAAGGGGGUUUAUCUUCAGGGCUGCAAUCAGUUUCCCCAUUCAUAAAAAAAGGAAAAGAGGAGACAGCAUUCCUUCUGUGGCUGUCAUCCCCAAGAACGCUGUAAGGGACAAAGGACUUCCAUUUUCUGUUGCAUCCCAGGAGGCUGUAAGAGGAAACUGCCAGGCUGUCGCCAUGGUGAAGCUGAGCAGAGAGGCCAAGCAGAGGCUGCAGCAACCCUUCAAGGGAGGCCAGUUUGCCAGCCUCUGGAACCUUAUUCCUCUCAUGAUUUGCCUGGGAUUUAGAAGGGGUGCAGAUCCUGGAAUGUCUAAGCCAACCCUUUUUAGUUUACUCAGGGGAUAAAGAACCAUUUGGUCAUCUGGAUUUGGAAGCAGUUAAUGGACAGGAACAACAUGGAAGGUGUGUGUGGUGGCUGGGAUAAAAGAUGGGACAUCCUUUAGAUGCUCAUUAGUUGAAUGGUACAGGGCUCUUCACAGAUGCUUCAGUGGCAGAGUGGAACCUCUAGUGGCUUAUUUAUCAUAGAUUGUAUCAAACACUUGCCAGACUAUAUUCCAGAGUGGCUGUACUAUUUAGUAUUCCCAUCUGUGAUGUAGGAGAAAUCGAUGGAGGAGGAUGCAAUGCAUCCUCACUAGAAUUUGAUAUUGACACUAUUAUUUUCGUUGUUUUUACAGGUGUGUAAUAAUCUUAUUGUGGUUGAAUUUGCAUUUCCCUAAUAGCUUAUGGUGGUGAACAAAUGAAAUAUCCUCUUUGUUUAAUGUGUUCAUGUCUUUUGCCCAUAUUCUCAUUGGACUGUCUUUUCUUGAGUUUUGAGAGUUCUUUAUUUAUCUGACAUGAGUCAUUUCUCAUAUAUGUGACUUGCAAAUUAAGCAUUUAAUUUCUGGUGAAGACUAGACUAGUUUAUUACUUUUCUCUUUUAUGGAUUGCUUUCAGUGUCAUGUCUAAGAGCUCUUCACUUCACUGUAGGUCCUAAUGAAGAUUUUCACUUGUUUUCUUCUAAAUGUUUUCCACUUUUAUGUUUUACCUUUUUUUUUUUUUUUAAGACUUUAUUUAUUAGAGAGAGAGCGCACACAAGCAAGGGGAGUAACAGGGAGAGGGAGAGGGAGAAGCAGGCUCCCCGCUGAGGGACUCGAUCCCAGGACUCUGAGAUCAUGACCCGAGCUGAAGGCAGAUGCUUAACUGAAUGAGCCACCCAGGUGCCCCUAUGUUUUACCUUUAAAUCUUUGAUCUGUUUUGAGUUCAUUUUUGUAUUGUGACUUAAGUUUCUUUUUAAUUUUUCUAGUGGAUGUUCAGCUACUCCAGUAUUAUUUAUUGAAAAGCUUAUCUUUCAUUGAAUGCUCAAAAAUUAGCUGGCCUUACUUGUGCGGGUCUCUUUCUGGAAUCUUUUUUCUGUUCCGCUGAUCUACUUGUUUGUCCCUCUGCCAUGUUGUCUUAAUGCAGAUCUACAGUAACUCUUAAAAUCAGGUAUCGUGAUUAUUCUCACUUUCUUCUUGUUUUUCAAAGUUAUCUUAGCUGCUUGUUUCUUUGCCUUUUCAUAUGAAUUUUGAAGAAUGUCAUCUCACACACACACACACACACAAAAACCUGCCAGAAUUUUGAUAGGAAUCGCAUUAAAUCUAUAGAUCAGUAUGGGAAGAAAUCACAUCUUAACCUAUUGCUGAGUCUUCUAAUUCUAGAACAUGACAUGUUUCUCCAUUUAUAUAGGUCUUUGGUUUCUUUUAUCCAGUAUUUAUUAAUUUUCAACACACAAAUCUCAUUUUGUUAGAGUUAGGUUUCACCUUUUGAGUGACUCUAGUUUUAAAUUUUGAUUUUCAUGUGUUCAUUGCUACUAUAUAGACUAUAAUUAAUUUUUGUAUAUUCAUCUUGUGACCUAUGACCUGAUGAACUCAUUUAGUUCCAUUUUUCUAGAUUCCUUGGGAUUUUCAAAAUCUCCAUGGGAUUUUGAUAAUUUAUAGGUCAUUAAAUUUAUAAAUAGGGACAAUUUUCUUUUCAGUAUCUUAUGUUUAAUUUUAUUUUCUUUUUUUGGCCUUAUCUUAUUGUGCUCGCUAGGACUUCCAAUAGGAUAUUGAAAAGGAGUGGUGAGAGUGGAUAUUCUUACCUUGUCCUGAUCUCAAGGUUGAUCCAGAGGCUGAAAGAGAAGUGACCUGAUCAAGGCUACAGAUAGUGGCAUCACACAGACACCAGGUCCUGGGUUUCCUGACCCCAGCCCACUGCUCCUGCUCCAGACCAUGUUGCUUUGACAUGCUAACAAUCAGCUGAUAUUCUUGCAGCACCGUACACCAUCAUGGGUUAAGAGUUAUGUAACCGUGUCACCAACCUGGUCCCCUGGGAUGUUCUCAGGCCCUUAGUCCCCACUGAGCCUGGAGAUGAGGGACUCAAGUCCAGGUAGUCUUAGUAGUGCCGGGGUGUGGAAGGGUAUGUAAUGCAAGUUAGGCUGAUCACGCUGGUGUAGCUCCCAUAUGGUAAUGAAUGGCUCAGGGAUGCACCCACAAUCCAAACCACAUCUAACAAGACUCCAUCCCAGAAACAUCAUUAGAAUUCCAGGGGAAAAAUGGUUUUCCCAUGGAAUGAUGCUAAACUAGAAGAAACUGAACUAGAGCUGCCAAGAACCACCACACAGAAGCAGCUCCUUCAAAACAAAAUUGUAAAAUGGAGACAGGAGACCUUGGUUUUUAAGAUGCCCGAGCCCAAUCCAGUCACGCCUGAGGCAGAACCUACCUCCAGAAUUGAAAUGAGAGACCAACAAGUGACGGUUGCCUAAAACCAGUUUCAUGGAAUCCUGCCACUUCCCAACAGAAUCCUGCCUAAUUUGAGUGUGAAGCAGAUGGCCCAGAAUGUCAUCACUAACCUGGCUUGGCAGACCCUCUUUAUUUUAUUUUAUUUUAUAUUUUAUUUUAUUUUAUUUAUUUAUUUGCGAGAGAAUGAGUGAGAGAGAGCAUGAGAGAGAAAGUCAGAGGGAGAAGCAGACUCCCCA